AUGGCGAUUCUCAAAGGAACCAAGCGUUCUAAGACCAAUGAAAAAAACCUUGAUCGGUGUCUCAGUCACUUGUCGACUUAUUUUUCGGCAGUCACAUCUUUACAAGAGAAGGUUAGUAAGAAUCAUUUAAUAGAUCUCAUCAUUAGUGAUUCGAGGUCGAAGCUAAAAGUCGACAAGUUUUCGGCGAGGUGAUAACCCCCGAGGUUGUGACGAUGACAAAGUUAGCAAGGAUAACGUCGGAAUUCAGUCUGCUGCACACUGAAAUCGUCAGAGAUCUUUAUAGAACCGUCCAUGUUCGUUUUUUGAGCUUUAAAAAGUUUUAUUGUGAAUUUCAGUCAUGUUUCGUGUUCUGGCAAAAGCUCACAAAGGAAGGAGGAAAAGAAAAUCAAAAAAGUUCACAACUUAUCAGUAUAUCCUCGCAAUUGGCGUGCAUUUAUUUCCUCAACGGCGAUGUAAAAAAAAAAAAAUUGAAAAAUGAGCAGUUCUAAUUUUGUAUUCCAGUAUUAUAAAGCGAUUAUUUGUCUCAUGGGUUAUCUGAAUGCGGUUCCGGAGGACAAUUACGCACGCGAACAACUAGUCAAGUGGAGUUUAUUCCUUGGUAAUUAAAAAUAGAAGUUGGCGUUAAUUAUGACAAUUAAGGCGAAUGGGAAAACUCCGCCAAGUUACUUGAGGAGGCGGCUGGCAAGAAAAAGUAUUGGAGCGGUUUCGAUUUUUAUUUGGAAGUUGCGCGGGCUUUUAUUUCUUACAAUAAAGAACCAAAAACACGGGUUUGUUGGGGACUUUUGUUGAUUUUUAUUGGAAUUUGAUAUUUUAGGAAGCCAACUCCGAAAAGUUGCUCAAACUGUACACAAAGUCGAUGGAAAGGAAAGAAGCGACGUUUUGCAGCUACGAUGAACAAUCGUUAAUUUCCUGGAUCAUAUCCAACUGCGGCAAUGCCGAAAACGUUAAUGUCAAGGUGAUUUUUGUAAGGUUUUUUUUGUCUAUCUCCAAGUUCCCAUUUGAUUCUUAUUUAAUAGUGAUACUACUCAAUAUAGCGGGAUUUUCGCCUCACUUUUUUUGAACUUGUUGCUGAGUAUUAAGCGAUUUCUAGACGCUCUGAUUUGAAGCUUCCUGACAUGCUGACGACGAUGGAAAUGGCGACUGUCAAAGCGGACACGGUCAUGAAGAACCGGUUGAAGGAACUCUCGGUAGUGUCCCACGAGCUAGUCGGGAAUCCCAACUUCGGAGAGUAUCUCCAGAAAAAGUCGCACGCCCCUAGCGAAUACAGUGAGAUCCAAGCCGAAUUUACUCGCAGUAUUUUCGUGUUCAGUCAAGUUGGGUGCUUCAUUCGCUUGGCUGAUGGAGAUGCGACGCGAAUCGGCGAACUUGCAAGUGUCGCUGGCCCAGCCACGUGAGGCCUAUGCCAUCGUUCUCUACAAUUGGAUGUGCUCGCUCCGAUCUUCGGUUUUCUUCCGGUUUGAUCAUCUUCUUGAGAGCUUCCAAGUUUUUUCGGUUUAAGUCUUCGAAAAGGAUCAGAGGGGAAGAAUGAUAGUGUUUCAAAAAAUUUUAUGACUGAAAAAAGGAGAGGAACUAAUGCUAUCUCUAUUAAUACAAACUUCAUGUUUUUUUUUCAAUCGGUUAGGAAUAAUUCAGAGUUCUGCAAAGUACUAACAGAAUGCUGAACUUGCGCCACGUGAUUGACGACGAAGACUCUCCUUUCGAAUGCGAAUUGCUGAAACGGACGGCCUCCAGUUUGCUUUCGGUGAGAUGAAGUGUUCUUGAAAACAUAAAAUACUAUUGAUUUUUGUGGGAACUUGAGAAGCUUGAAAUAAUGAAAGUGAAAUAUAUUUUCGAGAGCAUUCUCCAAAUGAAGAGUGUAAAAAUGGGAACAAACUUUUUUUAAGUGUUCAAAAAGUCGGGGCUGAAAAACGUCGAACUUUUAAAUGUCUUGAAUAUUUAAUCUUGAAUAUUGCAAUAAGUCUUUUCAAAUUACUAUUGAAUCCUACCUCCCUUUCUCAUAAUUCUUUCACUAAAAUUAAGAUUUGAGUGUGUGCCGGAAGUUGUCAACUUCUCAUCACCGGCGAAGAAGAAGAACGACGAGAAGACGUUGGGAACCUCGUUCGACCUCAAAUCUCCCGACACCAUGCUCAAAUCUUUCAAUGAGAUGAACAUUUUCGAGUAAAAAGUCUCAUUUUGUUUUCACUUUGUUCAACCUUAUCCCGUUUCAGCGGUCCUCAGCUUCACCGUUGUUGCGCAAGUUGCCUCUGCGACCUUUGUCGACUCUUUCUUGUCAAUUACAAUUUCGCCAGCGAGUUCCUCUUUUCACGAUCUUUUUGCGAUGGUUUCUCCACGGUUUCUUUUCCUUUGUGUUGAGUUAACAUUAUCGUGUUUAGGAAUCAGUUGAAGAGUUGGAGGAAGAUUUUGUCAACUUGAGAUCCUUCUCCUCCACCGACCAGUGCGCUGUGCUGGAGAUGGCUGUUCGACCGGUUCAUUUUUCAUUUUUUUUUAUUACAAUCUCUGGAACAUAGUAGUGUUGCAAGUUUUCCGAACAUUCGGCAAGAAAUUUCGAAUGAAAAAAGAAAAUUAUUUGAAGAGGGAAAAGUUAUCUCGAGUUCAACUAGCCGGUGCCGUAUUUUACAUUUCAUUUUUUUUUCCAACACCAUACCGAAAAAAUUUUUCAGAUUCAUCAAUUUUCUAUGCAUUUUUUCAAAAUUUCGGAUUCAAUUUAACAACUCAGUUUUUCUCAAUUGAUAGUGAUUUUUAGAAAGUGAUCACUUUGGUAUUUUAUUUCCGAAAAAAAAAGAAAAAUUUUCCAGAGACCUCCUGUGAUCCUCAGCGAAACUUUUGGAGUAGUCGUGGCUCGAUGGCUGGAGAAAAAGCUAGAAAGCGGCGAGAAAGUCGAAGCAGAGAAAUUGAAGCGGAUCGUCGACUUUGCUUUGAAGGUUUCCAGUUGGUAAAAAAAUAAAGUGUUAAAAUCAAAUAUGAAAUAAAAAAAAAAAUUUCUGCGGAAUUACAUUGGAGAUGUUUUCGGUUUUGUAAUUGAUGAUUAUCAGUAGAGCGUACGUUAUUGCUCUUAUUUUUAUUUUUUUCUCCGUUUGAAUGAAGUUUGCAGAGAUAUCAUUCUAAGCAAGAACAUUAAAUAUAGUAGAAUAAGAAUGGGACUUUUAUAAAUUUAUGCGCCGCCGUUUCCGAUCUCGAAAAUCGGUGUAACCCAUAGUCAGAAUCUUCGUAGUACAAAAAAAGUUCAACUACAUAUAAAAUAAUUUAAAUGUAAAAUUUUGUUUGCAGGUUACAAAGUACGUAUUUUUGCGAACGACUUCGCAGCACCUACUGAUCAAGCAACUCGAACGUCGUUACCACGCGCCAUUCUCUUCGCCCCAUCCUUGGAUGCUACCAGUCGAGAAAUCAGCCAAUCCUCUCAUCCGCGGAAUCAACACCGCUGUAUGUGUGUCGGAGAUGACUAAAACUCGGUCAUAGACAAGUAUACACUGCUCCACAUAAUUAUAUAUCCACCCGCGAUUUUUCGAAAAAUCGAAUAUUUUGAGAGUUUCUGAAAAUCUUUUUGUUGUCAAAAGAUGGGAAUUUUGAUCAGAUUAAUAUAGCUAUCAACAAAGUUUCUAUUGAAAAACAAAUGUUUUUUUCAAAAAAAUUUCGAUUCUUUCAAAAAAACCCGCAAUUUUCCGUUCCACAUAAUUAUAUAUCCACCUAAGACUUUAAACUUUUUGAACCAUUUUUUCCGGUUUUAUGUAUCAGUUAUCAUUUUUCUCAUCAUUUUUGUUUGAAAAUAAGAAGAAUAAGAGCGAAAAGGAUUUCGAAAAAGCCGAGGAACCUUGGAUUUGAUCAGAAAACGGUCGCGGUGCUGUUUUGUACUCCAGCUCCACAGUCAUCAAUGUGAGGGUUGAAUUUUCAUAAUCAGGGUUAACUCAGAAGUUUUGAAAAAGUUUAUCACAAAAAAGAUUCUUAAAUGGGCGUCAAAUUUUGAAAAUAAAUUUCAAAAACCGUGAGCGCCUUUGGCAAAGUUAUCAGUUUUUUCAACUUAAACUCGCUUUUCUCAGUCAUUGAACGGAGAAAUUCUUAAUCUACAAUGGAACAAGGCUGAGGAGGAAAUCAGCAAUAGUUUAAUUCAGAAAAAUCUGACAAAACAAAUCUCAAAGCUGAAAAAACUUCAGAGAAACAAGAGUCAAAAAAGGAUAUUUCGUGAUUUCGAUUGUGUUGACUUUCUGUUUAAUUUUUUUCGCUGAAUAAGGAUAGUUAUGGAUUAUUCAAUGUUUUAAAACAAACAUAUAACUGUAAUCUUUAGUAUUGAGAAGAAAAGAGUAGUUUAAAAUUCGAAGAAAAAAAAUUUUCAGAUUCCUAUGAACUUGACUUGAAAUUCCCUUAGUUAUUUACCAAUUUCGCUCAUUCUUCUUUUUCUAGAAGCAGGUUUUUUUGAUGAGACCAACUAUUCUUGAAAUAAAAAAACGAUUUUAUCUCAGAAAAAGUUUACAGAAAUGGUCCGAAGACAUUUUAAGCUUUCUAUUUUUGGCAAAACUGCAAACAAUUCAUAAAUGUUAUCGGAAAACUCCCUCUUUUUCAAUGCAAAGAAAUAUUUUUACUGAAGUUUUUUUGAACUUAAAUUGUUGCUCACAAGUAUAAAGAUACUCAUGAAAUCAAAAAUAUUCACAUCAUAAUUGAUUCAAGAGUAGCUGGAGUACAAAAACAGCACCGCGACCGUUUUUCUGAUCAAAUCCAAGGUUCCUCAUGCUUUCUUUCGAAAACCUUUUUUUGCUCUUAUUCUUCUUAUUUUUUUAAACAAAAAAAUGAUGAGAAAAAUGAUAACUGAUACAAAAAAACCGGAAAAAAAAUGGUUAAAAAAAGUUUAAAGUCUUAGGUGGAUAUAUAAUUAUGUGGAACGGAAAAUGCGGAUUUUUUGAAAAAUCGAAAUUUUUGAAAACAUUUAUUUUUCAAUAGGAACUUUGUUGAUAGCUAUAUUAAUCUGAUCGAAAUUCCCAUCUUUUGACAACAAAAAGAUUUUCAGAAAUUCUCAAAAUAUUCGAUUUUUCGAAAAAUCUCAGGUGGAUAUAUAAUUAUGUGGAGCAGUGUAUAAUGAAAUUUUUCCAGCGAGAUGUGAUCAGAGCGAUUUCGCCGUUCGGACAGCGGACAACUGUAAAGAAGACGGCUGAAGCGACUCCUUCAGAUCAGAAAGAAAUCGAGGCGGCGCGAAAAGAGCUGCUCUCUUGGAAACACUAUCUGUGCAGGCUCGUCGAAACAUUUUCUUCUUAUUCUUACCCCUUUGUACCGCUUAAGCGCCGUUGGCGCCACAAGUCGAUUAACCGAGGUCCUAUCCUGAUACCAGUGGACUGUCUUUAGUGUCAUAUCCUCCCUGUGUGUGACAGUUGGGGAUUCCGGAAACGUGGUUUUUCCCCUAUUUCACUAUAAACAUUUCUUAAACCCCUUGGUUGUGUCCCCGCUGGGAUCGAACUCUGUGCACCGCCGACAGGCACACAACCUGUUGUGCUAUAACGUACCUUCGUUGCAACAUUUUCAUUGUCGUGAAGCCCUAUUUCAUAUCAUUUUCAACUCAAUACUUAAGCUUCAUUGGUUUUCAGUGAAUGGCGGUUCAAGAUCUGCACCUAUAUUGGCCGCGCUUCGACGGACCCCUGGAUCUCUGCGAUGGCGUGGGCCGAAUCGACGACCAUCGGAACGCGAAAUCUUCAGCAACAAGUUCUGGGCAACACCGGCUCCGUCGUCUUCAACUCAGAGUCGCAUUACAAGAAACACGUUCAAAGGCUUCCCGAAGGUUCUCUUUAGACUAUGCACCUUCUGACCGAAUUUCCAGACCUGACUCUGAUCCAACUGGCGAUGAGCGACGACGAUUGUCUCUACAUGGUCAAGAUUCACGCGGAUCGCGAGCCUUUGUGCAUUCCGAUCGCUCACAAGAGCAAAGUGGCCGAAAUGAUGGAAAAGCUGAGACUGAUUCUGGCCGAAGACGAACGAGUGACGAAAAAUGCGUCCGCCAUGACUCCGAAAAAGUUUUGGGACGGGAGAUACGCCAUAGACAACAGAUUCAAGGUUUUUGACAGGUUUUUGCGAAUAUUAUUAGAAGAGCAAAAAAUGCAGAAUUUCCUUCCUGAAGUCGAGGAGAAUCUUUUGUGCGGCGCGGCUGCCUUUAUGUUGCCGUCGGCGUCUCUUUCUGACAGUCUUGGUACAGAAACCGACGCCCUGAUCAAGUAUACAAACUCCAAGUUUUCCCUCAGCGAUGCCAAGGUACAGCAGGAAUAUGUUUUGAAGGAAGGUGUUUCUGUUGAAGGAGCUGCUCUGGCUGACUUUUGUCGCGGACGAAGAAAAUUGGAGAGCAGCGGUGGAUCGACUGACGGCCUUGAGAAAUAUCGACGCGAAGCGAAUGGAGCAAGUCAAGAACAGCUACGCCCAGUUAGCGAUUUUCUUUUCCAUCUCACUCCCUAUUUUUUCCAGGCUCAAAAGGAAGGUCGCCAAAAAGAUGGACACGGCUGAACUUGAACGUAAGCGUUACACGCUUCUGGAACUCAACUCGGUAGGAAAUCUCAUCAAAAGCUGAAACGAUCUGAAUUUGGAGGAAAUCUCUUUGUUCCCUUGGGAGAAGCUGCCUGUUCUCGAGAAUCAUUUGUUUGUGAGCCGAAUCGCUUCGAUUCAUGCCUUUUUCUUGCACAUACACACGAAACCGGAGGUACUUGCAGAAGUUUUGACUUGAAUGGCAGUUUUUUUUUCGCUGUUGAGAUUCCUCGAGCCGUUGACAUCAACAAAUCUUACUAUCUGCUGGACCCAGACAACAAUCUUGGGGACACGAAGAAGCGCAUUUUUGACUACAUGGCUAAGUUCCCCUGGAAAGGCGUCGUCGGCGGAUCGCCCAGCGUUGCCGACAUAACUGAGGCCUUUGCCAACAUGGACAUGUUCUUGUGAGUUCCAGUGGGGCCUUGUCGAUAGUUCUUUUCGGUUCAGCUAUUUCGGACAUGGAUGCGGAACGAGGCACGUGUCGCGGAAGACCAUCAAACAGAGCAAGUGCAACGCGAUCAGCAUGCUCAUGGGCUGUGGAAGGUUUGUUCACGAGGAAAUUUCCUUAUAACAUGAGCUACUUGAUUUUACGAUUUGAAAAGAAAAGCUCUUUUGUGUUGCGGCUUAGAAUUUUUUGUUAACUGCUCAAAAAAAGUGGUUUAGAUUUACAAUAUCUAUAUCUCUAAAUUGUCAAAUUGAGCAAAAAAAAAUCCUUAGUUUUCGAUGAAGGACGUUUCAAGUCCAGAGAUGAUUAUAAAUCACCAGUUUGUAUAUCAAAAGUGUUUCUGACCAACUUUCAGAGGAUUUCCAAAUUCAAAGGUAAAACAUCUUUCUUGUAAGUUUUUUGAACAGCGUUCACCUUCAUUUUUUCUACGUCUUGUAAAGAAAAUCGACGAUUCCAUCUCGAAACGAGGAAAAAACGUCAAAAAAUUAGAAAGUUUGCGGUCGAUCUCUCUACCUCUUUUUCAUCCUUUUUCAAUGGAUUUUUCGAACUUUAUAUAUAUGCUAAGAUAAUUAUUGAAAGUAGUUUUUUUCAUUGAAGACGCCUAUGUCAGACUUUCAAGUUUUCGAGUUACAAUUUUUGGAGAGAAACUGAUAAGAUUAUUUAUUGCGGGUUUUUUAUCAAGAAAAUAUUUCCCUGAACAAGCUGACUAAUGUUUGGGUAGUUAUCGAGUUAUGAUAAAGAUUCUUCACGGAACAGCAGAAAAAAGAGUAUGUUUGAGCGUGAAGACAGUACCGCAAGGACGCGGAUUCGACGGACGGUCUGUGGUUUACGACUACGCGAUCGCGCAGUGCCCGCUGAUCGUCGGCUGCCUUUGGACGGUGACUGACGGCGAAAUCGACCGCUACCUUAUGCGGAUGAUCGACGCCUGCUUCACCAAGGAGAAGACCGGCGAGCAGAUGCCGCCGGUGAUCGUCGAGGGUAUGAGAGAAGCGCGAGACAAAUCCAAGCUGCGCUGUCUAACUGGCUGCGCCGUUGUCUCCUACGGUCUUCCAGUCGUCGCACGACAAGACGCCGUCAUCGACGUCCCUCGAGCCACGUCUCCUGCUCCUGCCGCCAGAAAUGGCUCGCCACGAAGACUCCGCAGUCAUUCCAGAAUCGAUGCUUGA